AAGAAAUGAAAUCUUAAAUGCUAGGUUUGAUAUUUUUUGAUCGAGGACGACGUUUUCAAGCAUUGUGCAUGCAUGGUAUAGGCGAGUGACCGGAUUCUGUCACAGGAAACUGAGCGCUAUCACCGACGUCACCUCCGCCAGAUUGCAGCCAGCCGUGGGCUGCUGCACCAAACAGAAGCUCGAACAAACUAACUUCGAUUAGUUUCGGUGACAUUGUGGAGUCUAGAGCAUCCAACAGAUAGAUACAAUCAACGAAUAAUUUAUUGAUAAAAAAAAGAAAGUGAUACAAAAAUACGUAUCAAAACUUUUUCGUUCUGCUGUGAUCUUUCCUAGCCCUUGAAAAUCACUGUUGAUAGGAAUUAGAAUAUAAAAUUAAUGGUUGAAAUAAAUGAGUAAAGUUAGUUUCUAAAAUUUAGCGUCUUCUAAAUAGCAUAAAAUUAAAUUUUAGGGAAACAAUAACUGCCGAAAGUGUAAAAAUAAUCUUCCGUUUAAUGCAGAUUCAAUAAAUUCUAGUAAAUUGAAGGAAGAAAUAAAGGUAAAUAUCCUAUUCUGAUUAUAGAUAGUGGACGCAUAAUGCAGCGUCCUCCAUCAAUUAAUUUAGCUGACAACGCCUCAAGAGGCAGCGACUCUGAUAAUGACUCUUCUGGAAAGGAAGAAAAUGAUCAGCAUGAAAUUCAAUGCGUAGAAAGGAGCAAGCGAAAUGUAGACUUCGAGAAACGUAGACAAUUGAGCAUUCAUGGUAAUAUCUUGCGUGAAAAUGAUGCCCUCGUCGAAUUCUCGCGCAAAUCAAAAUCUGUUAUAGGGCACUCGGAUACCAGGGAUUUUACCUCCCAAGAGAGCGACAGUUUAAAUGUUAUUGAGUUAAACUCUGGGACAGGAACCUCAUCACGCUGCGUUUGGGGUCCUCCAAGACCUUUGAAAGUUCCAUCUGGAGAGGAAGAAUGCGAUGAUGGGAGCGCCGAAUCCGAGAUACCCGAGUACAAUCCGGCACCAAAAGGUGAUGAAAAAGCACUACAGGAAGGAGCCAAGUCCUCUACUUCUUCGCAGAUUCUAUGCUAUGGGACUGAAGUGUCUUCAUCAACGGAAUCUGUAGGGGAAAUAAUUUCUGGAGACUCCAUUGAUAAUCAAAUGCAUCGAGAGCGUGCCGAUGAAAAGCUUGUGAAGAAAUCAUACGAAAAAAUCCAAGAAGAAGAGAAGUCAAAUGAAGAAGGGGAGAUAGAGAAAUCAUCAAAUCAUGCAGAUACGACGACAAGCAACUUUGCAAAGGACUCAGAAUUUGAAGAUGGAGACCUAACCUCAGGCGAUGUUUUUUUAGAAGUUGACACAAUAGACGAAAAUUCGUCACACGAGGGUACGAAAAUGGCUAAACUCGAGAACAUAGGUAAAGACGUAACAAAUGUUACCGAAGUAAACCGAGAAGAGGAUAACGCAGAGGUUACGAAAGACGUCAUACAGGAAAAUUUGCGUAUCGCAUCGCUGACUUCUGAGAAGCUGGAGACAGAGAGAGUAGAAGCUUUGAUUGCAACACCGAACGCGGCAGCAAGAGAUGGUGCAACUGAAUUUCAGAAAGUAUGUAAUACAACCAACGUGGGUGCAGGAACUGAAAAGAAACCUUCAGAAUUCUCCCUAAAAGAUACAAGCGACUCGGAAAAUGUUGCGAUUUUGUCAAAAGUAGAGAAAAACUCUACGGAUGUGGACUUGUUUUCUGAAGCUGAAAGCAAAAAAGGUUUCACAAAUGGAGACGAAGUGAUUGUGGAUAAAGAGGAAUCGUCUGACCACAACGAAGUAAAGAGUCUGCAGCAACACGAAGUGAAAGAAGAUAUCACCUGUGAAGGUAAAACAGAACGGGACAGUGGCAGUGCAAAUUUUGAAAGUGAAAGUCAGGCGGACAAAAAAGCAGAAUCCCAUAAGGUUUGCUCAACGGGCGAACAUUCUGACGUAAUUCCCCAAAACGUUAGUGAAAGUCAAACGCAAACUCCGGAAACUAUCGCAAAAAUUGCCCAAACUAAAGAACCUUGUGAAGACCGAAAUUCUUCACAGAACCCGGAUAGUCCCAUGUCCAGUGAUAAACUGAGGACAACAGCGUCAAAUAAAAUGAAUGAAACAGAAAAAGUAGAAAAGGCAGACAUAAAAUCUCAACUCAUUGCUACUUUACCUUACAAAGCUGAUGUAGAUGAGCAUGGUCGACCAAUUCGAAAGAGUUUGAGCACCGUAGCACGUACGUCAAGUCUCAAGCAGAAAGCGUACGACAAGUUCAGUAACCGGGCUGAGGAAGGAGGAAGUAAAGGAAAAACCCAUGACGCCGAAGCCAGUUCAAAAGACCGUAAGGUCUCGAGAGCGGAAAGUUUCACGAAGAAGGCCCUGAAAUUAAUCUCUACCAAGAAACAGGAAGAGAAGGAUGAGAACGACGCCGAGGAUUUGAACAUUAACGACAAGGCUCAUGGAAUGCUCUACUUGAGAAAAAAACGAUGGUUGAGUCCGUGGCGCAAAUACUUCUUCGUGCUAGACGGUAGCCAGCUAACCUACUACCGCAGCCCCCAGCACUACAGCAGCCUCACUGGCUGUCAGGGAUCACUCGACCUCACGCUCCUCAACGACGUCGUCAAGAAAAAAACUUCGUCUUUCUUCUGGACUUGUUACCCUCUCUUGCUGGAACGGCGGUCGCUCUCGCCAUUGCUGCUGGGCGCGGACAGUGCAGAGGAGCAGCAGCGGUGGCACGAGCUGCUCCAAAGGGCGGUUGGAGCGCGCAAGGCCGUCGGCAGAAAAUUCUCCUCAAAGGCCUCAUCUUCAACGUCGUCUCCUGACAUAGUUGUCAGUACUCUACCGGCUUCAUCGAAGAAGAGUAAAAGAAAGAAUUCUUUUGGACAUAGCUUCUCAUUGAGAAGAAAAUCUAAAGAUAAAAUAAAAGAAGAAAGUGAUUCAGAAGAGCAGCAUGGCCCUUCGAAAAACGACAAUGCCAGGCCUGAUGGAAAUGAAUUAGCAGUUAAAUUUGACCGGGAAGCUGAUGCAUCCCGAGAAGAAGACAAUGGGCUGGUCAAACCAAAAACGAUUCUAAAAGUUGGGAUUCCGUUGCGGUCGAGUGAGAUAAGCUCAAUACGUUUGAAAAAAGUCAACAUAGCAGAAAUUUGUACCCAAGAUGAAGGAUCAUCAUCAAGCUCCAGGACAGAAAAAAAUCAGGAACAAAAUGCAGAACAAACAUUUGGAGUACAACUAAAAAAAGCUAGCUUCAAAGGGAAACGCGAUGCGGAAAAAGUGAAGUCAAAUGAAAAAGAAAAUUUGGAUGCCGAAGGUGAACAUGACUUCAGAAGCCUGCUCAAGUCCCGUCGUAUUUCUACCACGGGGGUCGAUAAGAAACUGUACGUGAAGUACGGAAAAGAUGAGCAAGAAGAAACAGCAGAACGAACUCCAAGAAAACGCUCCCCGUCCCCGAGCAUACCGUUGUCGAAGUCACUUAUGGGAGUGAUCAACAGGGGCACCGAUGAAGAUAAUUUCAUCCUUGAUGACAAGAAAGGAAACGAGGUCCAGACGGUAGACGGAGGAACAAGUUCCAUUCGGUAUGCGAAAUCCACCGAGGCGAUGGAUUCAAGGAGUGGCGAAUUGGGUUCACUUAAUCAUGCAACAACUGGAAAAAUUAGGAACAGCGACCCUCAAAUUGGGCUUGAAAGCUACAAAAACAGUUCAAUGCACUUACCUUUGAAGUUGCAAUUCAGCGAAGAAAGGCGAGGGUCUUCAAUGCUGGAGACCGUCGAACUCUUACAGGAUUCUUCCGUCAUCAAAGGUGCCGAAAUUGAACACGAGGAGCUGAUUAAUUCUUCUAAUGAAGGCGAGAGACUCGGUCUAAAUGCGACAGAAAUGGAUACAAAAGGUCUAGCAGAACCAAGUCCUUCUAUCGAAGAUUUACCACGUGGAAAGAUUUCCACCCUAACCAACAUCAUUCUCAGUCCUACUAGGAAGAAUUGUCCCCAAGGACUGCUUUUCAAAGCAGAGGAUAGUUCUGCUACUGUUCGUGGCUCUGUCUCUCCAUUGGUUCUUACUUCAGAUGAUGUGAUGGAUAAAGUCGACAGUGACGCCAUGCCGGACGUAUACUCUGAAGAAUGCAAAGACGGGGUUUAUGGUACGGAUGAACAAAGUUUAACAAAAGACUUGGCGAAAACCAAAGUUUCAGUCAAGGAUAACGUCUCAGAAUUUUCAGCUCUUAAAGAAAUAGGAACUGAUGGUUUCAGCUUUGAGAAAAAAGACAAACUUGUUGAGCAAAAGAAAACUGAGGAUGUCGGUUAUGACGAAAGUACCGAAAGGAAAAUGAGUAGUGCAAACUCAGAGAGUCUCGAAAGUGUCCCUCAGUCAACCAGCGAUGGAGACUUUAAUGAACUUCAGGAAUGUGAAUUGCGCUACAAUUAUUUACCGGCCAUACCGAUUGCGUUCCGAAAUUCGGAGCCAGCCCCUUUUUCCGAAAUUGUACCAACUGCCUGCUUGGAAUCGCGACGCACGUCAGCAACUGAGCUUGUCGUGUCUGCCCGACCAGAAUACAUACCUCAAAUUUCUACAACUCGCUCAUCCAGCGUCGAAAGUGGAGAGCCUCUAGUGAGGACAAGUUUCAUGGGUGGCCACCAAUCAUGGGGUUCAGGACCGAACAUUUGCAUUAGGAACUCGUCAAGUGACACGAACACGUCAAAGGAAAGCUUGACUUCUUCUCCAGCUAAUCAGUCUCGUCGCCAGAGCCUCGGCAAUGACUUAGCUGUUCCAGAACAAGUUCAUGGCGGGCGACACGUGAACGCGGGUUCUACUGCAGAAGCGGUGACGCCUCCUCAGCCCAACAGCAGCAGUGCUGUCACACGUGGAGUGCAGGCGCGGAAAAGGUCUGAGCGUCCAGCUAGCACGAGCAACAGGGAAAGUUUAAUUCUGCCUGAGUUCGUUGUGGUGGAGGAAGAUCCUGCAGAUGUUGCUGAAACUAACUUAACGUACAAUUUUAAAGCCUAGCCUGUUUGCUUGAAGUCGAAGGAAGAAAGAUUAACGUUCAUUCGACAAGAUAAAAGUCUCACAUGUUAAUAAAUUGAUAAAUUUGAGGAAAAUGAAUACCGAUGCGGAGGAACUUGGAGCGACUGAUGUUCUUGGCCACGAGGUUACGGAGAAAGUACAUGAGCAUGGUACAUGAGUAUAAUGUUGUCACGAAACCCGGGUAGGACUACGUACAAUGCCUUCUUCUUCUGGAGGACAUGGAACGAUUGCAACACCGCCUUAGAUUUGAGUAAGAUUGAUGACGGUGCAUAUAUUCAAGCGGUUUAAACCAUAUGUUGUAGCCCAAAUUGUCAAAAUUCUUCGCUAAAAUCCGGACUUGAACAGACUGCAGAUAAUGAAAGCUAUUUAAUUCAUGUGAAUUGCAUAUGCAUGAAAAAACAGACAAAAGGCUCCUAAUGCAUUCCUUAAGU